AUGUCGAAUCCACGUCCCUCGAAGCGGCAGCGUAUAUACCGUGCUUGUGACCAAUGCCGCCGACGCAAGUCCAAAUGUGACGGGGAACAACCAGUGUGUUCGAUCUGCCGCGACUCGAAUCGGACUUGCACUUAUCAGAGUGGGGGUGGGCGCCGAGGAUUGCCGUCGGGCUAUGUGAGAAGCCUGGAGGCGACACUUGGGCUUUUCUUGCAGCACAUCCCAACCAGUGAGAGUACAGUGCAUGCCAUCUUACGUGACUCACGUCACGGCAACAGCUUGACAGGUGACUUGGUGGAUCAUUCCGUCGCUACAUGGCGAAGGUCAAAGCUAUCUCGCGAUUUGCCUAAAUUUUUGAAACCUGGUUCCAAGAGCGAUGGCAGUCAGACCACUGUCCAUGACGAGUCCGACUCGGAGUCUAUUGAGAUACGGGACCUACCAAGCAUAGACGCUAGGGAUGGUCCCUCGAACUCUGGAUUUGAUGACGCGAGGCCGGCACAGUACUCUUCAAAUUUGGCUGCUGAUCCAACACAAUGCCUCGAUCUCCCACUCCCCGACAACACGACGGACCUACUGGACUUCUAUUUCACGCAUACGCAUUGCUGGUUUCCCAUUCUGGAGCGACGGGAUCUUUUCCGAGCGAUGCAUAGUGAUUCCCAUCAUUCAAUGAGAGACUCUGCAUCGCGAAUGGUAUUAUGGGCUGUUAUUGCCUACACAUCCGCAAUGAGUCGAGAUCUUAUCCAUUCCAAACUAGUUGACCCGAUGCAAAUCCAACGGUCCAUUCGACAGCGGAUCAUCGCCGAGGAAAAUAAUCAAGACCUUGCUCAUAUUCAAGCACUACUCAUUCUUGUCCUUCUACAUCUUGGUUUGGGGAAUACAAGCCGGGCAUGGGUACUGGUUGGACAGGCCACUAGGAUCCUGGAGAUACUGCCUGUAGCAGCAAGGAAGCACCAUCGGUUUCGGCAUACAUUCCACGGCUGUGUGUUCCUGGAUAACACUAUUUCGGCUCUUUUAAACAGAGUGCCGUGUUUAUCUGCUGAAGAGCAGACUGCACAUGGCCCAGUGGAGGAGGACGAUGUGGAUGAGUGGGAUGUUUGGGCAAUCCCUCAGCUCAGUCGAGCUGAAACGCGCACUCAAAAAAGACCACUUCGAGCCCUUAGCACAUUCAACUCAAUCCAGAGGCUUAUGGAGGAUCUCUGCUCAAUUCUUUACUAUACUCCUCAUGCGGUUCGUGUGCACAGCUUGCUGGCCGAGUUGCAAGAAAAACAGACCUAUCUCCUGGACUCUUACCCUUGUGAUGCUCAAUCCACCAAUCCUCCGCUUAUAACAUUACAUCUGGCGUCGAAUUUCAACACGCUGUCAUUUAUCUGCCGGUUUGCGUCGGUCGCUUCAACUGUCACUGAACUAGCACUCAACAGUCUGCGGCGCACCCUUGAUAUGCUGGAUCUUUAUCUGGAAAUGACAGGGACAAUACUGUCCUCGCCAUUUCUUCGCUGUUUGAUAUUACAAUGCCACCGAUUCCUGGCAGCAAACAGUGCAAGUCUUCCCCAAGACGAAAGCAAUGUACUGGAGAGCCGGCUCUCCACGUACUUGCAAAAGCUGAAAGUCGCCGAUCUGGAGAAUGACACCCGAUUCAAUAUCUUCCCCCCGCAAAUACUCACGAGAAGAACCGAAUAUAUAUCACCGUCUCACCAGCAAACACAAACAAUUCCCGACAGUAGUUUGUUGAAUGGAUCGCCCAGGGAUCUCCGAGGAUCCAUCUACAAUGACAUCUCUACCCGAGGGACAGACCCGCACACCUUCUCAAAUAACCCACCACUGCCAGCUGGAGAUAUUCUAGAGCCUCUCGCUGGCAGUCGUCUAGCUUCAAAUCUGCCAUCUACGGUUCCAGGAGAGGGUGAGAAUUUCGAUGCGUUGUUCGAGGAACUAGUAACCUCGAUGCCGGCUACUCGACAAGAGCCUGUUUUUGCACAGAAUUUGGGGUUCUAUGGCGGGGAUCUCGACACAGACUUUUUGGCGCAACUGCAACAACCUGAGCACUAG